GGCAGCUGCCGUGGGAACGGAAUUUCCCACGGCAGGACGAAUUCUCCCACGGCAGUUGAAUGAACAAUGGGUUGUGGGGGUGUAAACUGGCUUUUUUAAAACAUUGGGGUGUCGGGGAAAUCAUUAUCCCACGUCGGGUUUUUUUGUAAUUUCGCAGGUUGUCGUGGGAAAAGCAAAAUUACGAACCUGCCCCCCUUUAUAUACAAAGCAAAAUUUCCCACGGCAGCUCUGAUUUUACUGUGCAUUCCACGAAAAAUCGCAAAAAUUUUCCUCCUCCCACGUCAAUCCCACGGCAACGUCAUUUCCGUCGAUUUUGGAGCUUCCCGGCAACCGAAAAUGGCAAAGAAGGAUAUUUCUCGCAAAAGAAGACGGAUUGAGAGCGAGUUGCGCAUUCCCGAUGAGUCCAGACACUUUCGGGCAGAUGCGAUAUCUCGUGCACAGCGUACGGCAUUAUCCCGGAUUUCUUCUACAUUGACCCCUCAGCAGCUGCGACCAUUUGAGAGGACGUGUUUCGGGUCCUUCCUUCGUUUACCCGAAACCAAAUUCUGCGGGAUAUUGGUUCAUGCAUUUUUACUCCGACAGUUACAUCCACCCUUUGCCAGAGACGAGUUUUGGUUUAGGGUUAGCGGGGUUGAUGUGAGCCAUUAUUAUGAUACACAUGGAACCAGUAAUGCUGCUCAUUCAUUCUUCCACACUCCUACUGUUUAUUCAGUCGUUGUGGCGUCCGAUGAAACUGUUGCUUCAUUGUUCAGCGAUGACAAUCCCCAUGCCUGCACUAUCAUGUGA